AGCAAUAACUACUCCGUGUUUUAACAGAUUUAUUCUAUAUCGCGGUCUAGUUAAUACAUACGCUCAUAUUUACAUUUUUCUAAUGCUCAACAUUCACAAAUACACAAGGGACACGAGAGUAAAUACGACUACAGUUACGUAACGGAGGUGUGGCUUACUUUGAGUAUGUGUAGAGGACACUCAAAACAUCUAAUAUAGGAAAUAACUUCAACUAACUGUUGUAUCGAAUAUGAGAAUACAACGCACACUUCUAACAUCCUAUUACAUUUCGUACUAUAGUACAACAAAAACAGAUUACAGGAAAGCGACAUUUCUGGAAAAAAAUGGACUAAUGAUGCAUUAUCAAUAGGCCUGGGAUACACUGUUUUGACUUCAUGGAUAACUCAACAAGUGCAGAACUGAACGAUUGGGAUGGCAUUAGUGACUCGGAAUUUCUCGACAUUCCAUUGGAAUAUCCUGGGGCAGAUGUUUGCGGAAGUGGAAGAAAGCGCACUGGAGACAUAGUUAAGUGCAGUUGCAAUGUCAGUAGACGUGGGAUAAACUGUUUAGACUUUAUGGAUAAUUCAUCAAGUGAAGAACUGGACGAUUGGGAUGGCAUCAGUGACUCAGAAUUUCUUGAUAUCCCAUUGGAAUAUCCUGGGCCAGGCUCUCCUCAGCCAACUUGCUGUACUCGUGAUUCAAAUGAAGAUAAACAAUUUCAUCAUGUCACAAAGACACCUGACCGCUCCAAGGAAAGAAAUGAGGACAGAAAGAGCUGUGAGGAAAUCCAAGGCGUGAAAAGGAAAAUCUACCGCGUUGCACCCCGGAGUCCGAUGGAGCGCUUCCGACGUCAGCACUUGAACGUGACCCUGCUGUCUGAGCAGUCCUGGUGUGAGAUGAAGGUAGUUAAUGGGCUUCUGAGACCACAGAUCAGAAAAAGAGAGAAAGAGUGCGAAAGGAUGCGGACUGGCGCAAUCAUUCACCUGGAAAGAGAGAUGGCGAUCCCUAAAACGAUUCCCGUCGAUAUCCGGCCCAGGGAGGACACUGAGGCUGUUAAGCUUCUCCACUUGCUGCAGAUGAUUCCGGAAUUACUCGAAGGGCAGUGUGUGCGGGAGUUUCCUGUUUUUGGGGUACUGGAGGGAGUUUUCUUCAUGGGCGUUAUUGAUGAACUGAGCUAUAACCACAAAGGAGAGCUGGUCCUGAGUGAACUGAAAACUCGCACGCAUAAAUCAAUGCCUCACAGUGCGCAGACCGCCCGGGACUGCUUUCAGGUGGGCAUGUAUAAACUCCUGUUUGAUGGAAUGGUCAAACAUGAAGUCCAGAGACACCACUUCAUCGAUUACCUGAAAUUGCGGCCAAGGCAGGUUCUGGACGCAGUUGUCCGGGCCUAUGCUGGGAACAUUGGAGUUCAAGUGGACACAUUCGGAGAGCUCCUCGACAUUUUCUUUAUGUUUCUGACCUGGUUCGAUCUUAGCUGUGUCGACGUCCUACAGCUGGAGUACUGCUAUCAGGGCUCUGGACUACCAAUUGGGACCAAAAAGGUCCAGUUUGACGAGGCCCUUCUGCGGGCAGAAUUACAGGCUUCUUUGGCCUACUGGACAGGUGAGAGGGAGCCCAGAGGAGUGGACAUAGAGGAGGCCUGGAAGUGCCGGUCGUGCGCCUAUCAGGAUUGUUGUGACUGGAGAAAAGGCAGAUCCCAGCUCUUUGAGACUAUGAAUGCUACCCCGGGACUCAAAUAAGCCGGCAUAUUGUAUUGUGCUUGUCCCAGUUUGCUGACUGUUAAAAGCAAACUUGCAGAUCAAAUUCAAAUUUUCACGUUUUUAUUUGUCACUCACACAGCCAUACACAGUACAAUGUGCAGUGGAAUGCUUGUUCUGAUUGUCCGAAUGAUAAAAAGAGCAAGACAGAGAUAAGGAUAAAAAAAAAAAAAGAAUAUACGUAAACAGAAUAAACAGAACAUAAAUAGAACGCAAACGGAAUAUAAAGAAUGUAUUAUAAGGGAGAAUUUAAAAAUACAGUAUAAAAUAUAUAAGAGAAGCUACUAGUACCCCUUCUCUACCAACAGGGAACGGGUUCCUGAACCGGUUCCGUUCAGGAUUCUUUGAACCUUAUUGCCAUCUGGCGAACCAGCCCUCAUUUCCACCAGUUUUGAGUGGAGCCAUUGUAAUCAUCAAUGCACAAUGCACAACGGAAGUAAAUAGUAGUAGCAAGAUGGCGGAUCGCAUUGAUUACAUGCAAGCUUUUGUUCUGUUACUGCAGAUAUUUGUUUUCAUCCAAAAAACAAGCAUUAUCCUUUUCCAGUGCGUUCUCCAUUGUUGCGCUCUGCUUCCUCCCCAAGCUGUAGAAUGACACGCCCACUCCUGUCAUCACGGAUCGCACUGGAAAAACCAGCUAUCUUUUGGUUACAGCUGGGAACCAACUUCUCUGGUUCUGAACCAAUUUAUUUUUGGUCGAAAUGCUCCGAAUGGUUCAAAAUUUGGUGCGCGAACCAGAACAGAACCCGUUCCCUGUUGGUGGAAAAUGGGCACAGCUUUGAUGUGCAUAUGAUUUAUUUUGUAGAAUUACAACUCAAAUAACUAUUUUAAAUUAUUACAUUAUUAUUAUCUUUAAAUUGUUCUUUUAUUCUCUAUAUAGCAUUAUGAUCAUCGUGUUUUUAAGUUAUGAAAAUGAUUUUGAUGAAUUAAUAGUAUUGUGAUUUUAAGUCUCCAUUCAGAUGUGUGUGAAUAAGAAGAUAUGUUCAGUUAUCUCAGAGUAAAUAGUAAACCUUCUAAUAGGAGCCCCAUGGCAUCAUUCUCCUAGCAAAACAAAACCAUAGGGCUCUUCUAUUAGGAGGUUUACAACUUACUCUGAGUUAACUUAGUGAUUUUUGUGGGUGUUUACCAAUAAUAUGGAAAUGUACAGAUUUCAUAUAGAUUUAUUUUUGAUGUUUUGUACAUGUUUAUGUUAUGUUUAUGUUUGUUAUGUUAUGAUAAGUUUAUAUAGGUUAGUUUACUUUCAAAGCGAUGAAGGAAAUAUGUGUGCCUUAGAGAAAGACAUUUGUGCCUUUAAAACAACAAAGUACAGAUAGUCACUUAUUUCUUUUCCUUUUCGCUGUUCCUUAAUAUUUCAAAUUACUGUAAAAAAUACUACUAAUAAUGCUCCGUACUCGCUGGAAAUCAUGUGGUUUCUUGCAA